AUAAAUAAAGGGCAGGGAUGCACAGUGAGACAAGUGAGUGACACUUUUUGAAGACACAAACUUUUUGAUAGAACAACCGACAAUGUCUUACUGCAACGUCAACAUUUUGAGCGUGGACAUGAGAUGCCGCGAAAACAACUCGGCUCACCGCACCUGGGAGAUCGACCUGGAGCGGCUGAUCGUGCGUCGGGGUCAGUCCUUCAGCAUCUCGGUGCUGCUCUCCCAGAGAUUGCGUGGCUGCAACCUGGGUCUGGAUCUGCAUGUUGGCAAGCGAGAGGAGGUGGUGAUCAGUGUUAAGAAGGAGAAAUGCUCCGCGAGCGAUUGGUGGUUUACAGAGCGUUACGCUUGUAAUGAAGUGCUGCUGACACUAUACAGCCCAGCGGACGCCAUCAUCGGCCCUUACCGUCUGGCUGUGACGUUGUCUGGACCUGAUGGCCGCGUCCUGGACACCAAGGCGAUGACCAAGUUCCACCUGCUCUACAACCCCUGGUGCAAAGAUGAUGUUGUGUAUCUACCUGAUGAGAACUGGAUUCAGGAGUACGUGAUGAAUGAGAAUGGGAUUAUUUACAUGGGCACCUGGAACAACAUCACUAGCAGACGUUGGAACUUUGGACAGUUUGAGGACAAUAUUAUGGACAUUUGUUUUGAAAUCCUGGACUACUCCAAUGAGGCCUUGAGAGACUUCAAGAAAGACCUGUGCCAAAGAGCUGACCCCGUCUACGUCAGCAGGAUCAUCACUGCCAUGGUGAACUGCAAUCGGGACAGGGGCUUGUUGGAAGGCUGCUGGGAGGAGCCGUACACUGACGGAAAGGCACCUUACAGAUGGACAGGCAGCGUUGACAUUCUCCGGAGGUGGAGCGAGAGCUGUGCCAAGCCGGUCAAAUACGGCCAGUGCUGGGUCUUUUCUGGCCUCGCAGUCACAGUUUUGCGCUGCCUGGGAAUACCAACACGCCCCAUUACCAACUAUGAGUCUGCCCACGACACUGACGGAAACCUUUCUUUGGACAUCCUGCUCAAUGAAAACAUGGAGGUGGUAAAAGAGCGGCGUUCGGAUAGCACCUGGAACUUCCACUGUUGGGUUGAGUCCUGGAUGAGGAGACUUGAUCUUCCACAAGGAAAUGACGGCUGGCAGGUGUUGGACCCAACUCCUCAAGAACUGAGCGAUGGUACCUUCCGCUGUGGCCCCUGUCCCGUUAGGGCCAUCAAGGAGGGCAAUCUGGACGUCAAGUAUGAUGCUCCGUUUGUAUUUGCUGAGGUGAACGCCGAUGUCAUCCACUGGAUAGUCCGGAAAAAUGGCGAACGUCAGAAGAUAAAAGUAUGUGAGGACUGCAUUGGCAGGAACAUCAGCACCAAAAGUAUUUUUGGUAAUCGCAGAGAAGAUAUCACUCUUCAGUAUAAAUAUCCUGAAGGCUCCAAGAAAGAGCGAGAGGUGUACGAGAAGGCUAAACGUGCAAUCAGAGACGAGUCCCCCGACAGGCAGGAGCAAACGCAGGUGGUGGUGAACAUCAAACACGAAAAACUUGUAUUCGGAGCAGACGCCGAAUUGGUUGUUGAGGUGACCAACCAAGGACAAAAAACGGCUGACAUUAGCCUGAGCUUAGCGGCUGAAGCGCAAACAUACAACUGUAUAAGACUUGGAGUACUUCAGAAGGAAACCAAGCAGAUUUCUGUGCAGGCCAAUCAAGUGCACAAGGAGGUGGUGCGAGUGCCCUACAAGGACUAUGUCAAGUACAUCUCCGGACAGCAGAACAUCAAGCUGACAACCUUGCUGCAGGCCCAGGGAGUGACCAAGCCCAUCAUGGCCGUGUGCAAACUGGCCCCCAUUAUGCCCAAGAUCAAAGUCGACAUUGAUGGAAAAAUUUGUCGAAGAAGACGCUCAUCUUGCUCCAUCUCCUUCACCAACCCUCUCAAAGUGCCUCUUCGGGGGGGCGUUUUCACUGUGGAGGGGGCCGGCCUCUUGGCUUCCACUAAGGUCAAGGUGAACGGCGAAAUCGCUCCGGGCCAUCAGGUGUCCGCCAAACUCAACUUUCAACCGAUGCGCUGCGGCAUCAGGAAGCUCCUGGUUGACUUCUUCUCCGAUGGGCUCAGAGACAUGAAGGGAAAUGCGACAUUGAACGUUCGCAAGUUCUAGAGCCAAGUGAGCUCCAAACAAGUAGCAAUGAUUUUUCUGACCGGAGUGGAAUCCUUUACAAGCCUUCUAGUCUUCAGAAAUUAUGCUGAAUAAAUAGGAACAAUUUGCGGCACUGACAAGCACUCUUUGUUGUGAUCUCUUGAGUGUAAUAAAAAUUCAGGGAAAAUAAAGAA